AUGGCCCCUGCUCACACGCUUUGUCUGACCGAGUCAAAUAUCUGCAGGUCGUUAAAAGAGCUCGUCAAGACCAUCAGUACCUUCAUCGCCGACCCGUCUCUCCCUCUUCCAGAUACCCUCGUCGACACCCUCACCACCUUCACCCAAAAGCAAGAAGAAUAUGACAAUUCCGCUGCCGACCUCCUCCAAGAUAACCUGCUCUCUGUCUUUGAUAAGCGAGUCAAGGGCAAUGCCAAGGCUGUAGGCCCAUGGAUCGCCAUCCUUCGACGAUUGCUGCCGGUGCUGCAGACUCCAGAAAGAAUUUUGCCGUGGUUCGAUGCAUGCAAGGGCAUCUUGGACAGGCCCGAUCUAGAUAAAUAUGUCGUGGAUGAGACUGUGGCCUCCCUCAUGGAUCUGAUAACUCUUAUCGACGAGUUUCAAAUCUCAUUUGCAGCCAACUCGGCUGCUAACCGCAUCAUAGACCGCCUGUUCCAAGUAUGGAUGGAUCGCUUCUACCCAGCUCUUCUGGAUGGCAACACUUCGUCCGAGUACAAUGAGAGGCUGAUCCGCCACGCCUUGUGUAAUUUCGGGAAGAAGCGACCCAAGGAGCUCUUCACCGCCAUGGACGGAUAUUUUGUUCAAAGCAAGUAUCGCAAGUCGGCGCUGAGAUUUCUUUGUGACUUUAUUCAGAUUCAACCACCACAUCUACACCAAGUUCUGCAUACAUCUCUGUUUGGUAAUCUUUUGACUUGUUUGCAGCAUGACACGUCAACAACCAUUGUGUCCGCUGCGUUGACGACUCUCAUCAUGCUUCUGCCACACAUGCCGAGCUCUUUGGUGCCGCAUUUACCUGCAUUGUUCAACAUCUACGGCCGCCUUCUUUUUUGGGACAGAGAACGCUCGAGACCGGCCGAGUGGCCCGAAAGUGACGGGGUCGGCCCUGAACCAGCUCCUGGAUGGGAGGUGGCAACAUUUGACCCGGACGUCGACGACCAAUCCAUCGCUCACCUUCCCAAUUACUACACCAUUUUAUACGGCCUCUAUCCCAUCAACUUUAUGGACUAUAUUCGCAAACCACAGAGAUACUUGCGCCAUGCCAAUGCUGCUAAUGCAGACGAAGUAGAGGUCCAGCCAACCGAGAUGCGCCAUCGGUCUGAAACGUUCCGGCGAAACCAUCUGUUGCAUCCCAAUUUCUACUCUCUCACCAUUGAUUCUGAAAAGACCGACUUUGGCCGCUGGAUAAAGAGCGAGGCUGCCGAGGUCGUGUCUGAGUGUAUGAGCUUAUGUCUGGAGACGGACUUGUACAACUUUGCUGAUCUGAGUUCUGCGGGAAUGCCUGGCUCCAGCCCUGCGGGUGUCAACACCACUACAUCUCUUGAUAAUGGCGUGUUGGAAAAGUCCAAGGCCGAUGCCGCCUUAUUGAGCGGCUGGGGUGGAAAGCAUGAUAGCUGGCGCAACUCACAUCUGACGACUUCAGACUCCGUCUCAAGCAACCAGACACCAGUCACUGUAAUGCGUCGUAGCUCACAGUCAAGCGUGCCAUCACAUCGGGAUUCUACUGGCGACGGGCGGUCGAGAACGGGUGGUACAGAUAGCCCGACUUUGACACUAUCGCCGUCCCACCCCCAGUUGCAAGACCUAAUUCAGUCUAACAAGGCCAUCAAAUCAGGUUUGCACCAAUCUUUGGCCAACGACAGCGUCGCAUCGCUUGCUCUCAGCCAUCAGGACUCGGUCGCAGAGAAAGCCCCUCCCAGUGCUCCAACAGCAUCAGCAGCAACGGCGUCGCUUCCGCUUACAUCGCACUCACCCUUUCCAACCUCGGAAUUGUCUACCCAGGUUGUACACUUACAAAAGCAAAUCUUGCUUUUGCAAAAUGACUUGAGUUUUGAGCGCUACUUGAAGCAACAGCACAUGGCACAUAUUGGCGACCUUCGCCGGAAGCAGAUGGCUGAAGCAGCAACAGAAGCCGAGACGCAAAAUUUGAUUAUGAUGAACCGAAAUCUCAAGAGCCGAUUCGAGGAUGCUAAAAAAUCCGAGAUGCAGGUCAAAAAGGAGUCGGAGAAGAGUCGCGCCAUGGCGAAGAAAUGGGAAGCCGAUUUGGCUAACAAGUUGAAAGACUUGCGACACAAGUCCAAGAAGAAGCAGGCCGAAAUUGAAGCAUUGCAGCGUGAAUUGGAGGAAUCCAAGCAAGAAGGCGACAAGCUCCGCAAGCUGCUUUGCGCCGCUGAAGUCAAGGAACUUAACUGGAAACAAAACAUGCAGUCUAUUGAAAUACACGGCGCCGAAAUCGACCGCCUCAAGGCAGAAGUCGAGCGGCUGACGAGGUCUGAGAGAGACCAUCAAGCAAGGGAGUUGGAACGUCAACAGAUGAUAAACUCUGCCACAAAGGCAGAGAGCCGGGCUGAGGCUCUGAAGAUGAGGCUAGAUGCGCAGGAAAAUGAGGUGCAGCGCGUGAAGAAAUUGUUCCAGUCGCAAGUUGCGGCUCUUCAGACACAACUUUCUGAAGCGCAGGAGGAGCGCGAACGGCCUGGGACCAACUCGAAUAUCGCUGUAGAAAGUGCUUUGGCGGCCAGUCGGGCAAAGCAAGCCGAACUGCAGAAACAGCAUUCUCUCCUAAUGCGCAAGUAUACAGCACUGCAGUCGUCAUUGCUGGAUAUGCAGUCAGAACAACCACCAGAGCAACCACGGGCAACGGCAUCUCAGCACCAACCAACGGACGCAGACUAUCUGUCAUUGUCAACCAGUCCAGUUGUUGUCAAGGCCCGGCCACAUCGAGCAUUGUCUAAUGCAGAAGCAACAGGCCACAACAUGAAGUCGGCCGGGGGGUCACAGUCCGGCGGGACUACGACUGGUAGCACACUUACAAAAGAGGGCAAUGGUUCCCAGGCCGAAGCCUCGGGGAGUCCCAUUUCUCCUGACCAGCGAACUUUUAGCGGCUUACAGAGUCGACUUCGUCGGGACUCGAGAGACAAGAGCAAGGACGAUGGCAGCAGCGCUUCAGGAAAGCCAAAGAAGGAAAAGAAGUCUUCUGGCUUAAGAGGCAUCAGGGGAUUUUCAGACACAGUGCUCAUCGGGCAAAAGGGCAGGCGUUGGCUUGCGCUUCAUGCAGUGUCACCACGGGAACUACAUAGUAGACAACACGACCAGAUGACGCCUCCUUCUUCCCCUCAUGCCCGGCAAGACAAGACACAGGCACCAAAACACACCAGAGACACGCAGAUUCCCCCUCUCAGCCAUGGAAAAACAACAAGAGUGCUUCGCCACGGGCCACGGCAUCAUAUGCGCGGCGCUCCCCCGGUCUGGCACGGCAUCCCUCGCAGCGGCCCUCACGACGCUCGGCCUCGGCCCCGUGCACCACGGGCUCUACGUCACAGACCCCCGAGAGUACUACGCCUGGGGCCGGGCCGCGUGGUGCAGCAUGCCCUGCCCUACUUCCGGACGGCGAGGCUGCAGGCGGCCAGGAAGCUGCCGUUCUACAUCAAUGCCGCGGAUGCCCUGCUUCCGUGGACGCGAGGGGACUGGAACAGGCUGGUUGGGGGCCAGAGGGCCGUCACGGACGUGGGGAGCUUCUACACCCAGCAGCUUGUACGUGCGUAUCCCGAGGCAAAGGUCAUCUUGGUCGAGCGGCCUGUCGAUGCGUGGAAGGCCAGUUUCGGAGAGGUCGUGAUGGACGGUUUCUGCUGCGGCGCUCGGGGAUACACGCUGGGCGUGCUGGGGCCCUGGGCCGGCUUCCCGGUGUUGUACAUUCUGCAGGAUAUCAUCAUGGGCUGGCUGGGCGCCGGGUCGAGGGGGGAGGCGUGGGCAAAGAUGGAUGCUGCUCACGCCGAGUACUACGCCAUGGUGAGGAGGGAGGUCCCGCGGGAGCAGGUGCUCGAGUUUAGGCACAGGGACGGAUGGGGCCCGCUGUGCGAGUUUCUGAAUGUUGCUGUCCCUGAUGGUCCGUUUCCGAGGGUGAACGACAGGGCUGAGAUGCUGGGCAUGUUGGACCAGGUGUCGAGGCGGAUUGUGGUGAAGGCGGCUACGCGCUUGGGCUGGGGUGUGCUCUGCUUGGCAUGUGCUGUUUUGGUUCUGGCCUUCUUCUGGCAAUGGGCUUGGGGGGAUGUUUGCGUCGGCGGUUGGGCUGGGUGUUGGAGGGGAGAGCUUUGA